CAAGAACUGUUCAUUCUUCUUAUUGGACAGAAUGUCUCGCUCAAUGACGUAAACAAACAGAGAAGAAAAGAUGACGCAGAGAGAGAGAGAGAGAGAGAGAAAGAAAUGUGAGAUGUGAGAUCAUAAAAAGUGAUGUCAUCACGUACACGCAAGGAUCAAUCUUUUUUUUUUUGCAUUAUUCGCAUCGUUGAAUCUUUGAAUAGAAUUUAGGCGUACACGUGCCUAAUAGGAUAUGUACGUGUAUAUAAUACAUUUAAAAGCGAAAGCCUACUAAAUAAUUACAUGUAUAUAUAUAUAUAUAUGUAUGUACGUAUGUAUAUGUAUAUAUAUAUAUAUGUGAAAGCAGGCCAAGUCCACAUUUAGGAUGAAGGCUAUUAAGAAAAAUGGGGCAGUCGUGAUACGAAAAGAGGUCUUAAAGUUUGUACAUAAUAGUAGAUGGUCGACAUACGGAUUGGAGAGUGAAAUAGGACAGAAAUAGAAUUAAAAAGAAAAAAGGAGAAAUAUAUUAAAUACAACGGGACAACCUGACAGUCGAUUGGUUUUGGCGGGAGAUUAUCCCGCCUUUGGCUAAGACAUGUGCGAUUAUAACGUGCUCGAUUGUCACAUGUCACACAUUGAAAAUUAUCAUAUUUGAUAAUACAUAUUUUGAUAAAUUGUCCAAUAGAAAAAAAAGGAAAGAAAAGAAAAGAAAAAGAGAAAAAGAAUUAAAAUAAUCUAUAAAAUAUUUCUAUCUGUAUAUGAUGUGCUCGUGAUGCAUUUGUUAACAUCAAAUUUAUCGAUAUUUAAUCUUUAUCAGGAAAGAUAGAGAAUGUAGAUAUGAAAUUGAUGAAAAUCUAUUCUAUUAAUAAUGGCGUCCUGAGGUAACGUGUGGAAUUUCGUAGAAAGGAAGAUUUUCUCUUUAGUUUUAUUAUAAACGUCGUGAGAAUAUCUUCAAAAAGGAAGGAGUGUGGUGAUAAUGUGCUAUCGUCGAUGAAAAAAGAAAAAAAAAAAAAAGAAAAAGAAAAUUAUGUAUGUAAAUGCAUUAUUAAAUAAAGAAUGGUGAGAUUUAACGCGUUAAUCGUUGAGCAUAAAUCUAUGAGAAUCGUCGUAACUAGGCGUAUCUCAGUUGUUGGAACAACGUUUUUCAACGUACAGUUGUAUUUUUAAUAAAUUCUUGAGACUCAGUCUCGUAAUUUUAUUAUCUUUUCUUUUUUUUCUUCUUCUUUUCAUCUUUUGUGCGUGUACGCGUGUAUUUCGUUCGUUUCUCAUUAGAAAAUAUUUUCUUUCGAGAUUGCAUAUUAUCGAUCGUCACGAAUAUGGAUGACGCGUGGCGAUCAACGUAUUAAUAUGAAAAAGAAGUAUUUGUGAGGCGUGGUGGAUAAUAAUUUUACAUAACAGUGGGGAAUACACGUUUAACAGAAAUAUCAUUCUCCUGGUACCGAAUGAAACUGGUUUGAUCGCUAUUUCUGCACGAGGUGCAGGUGGAGAACAGUGACCUUUCGAAUAGUGUGUCAAGUUCUCAUCGUAUAAAAAAAGAAAUAAGGGAAAAUGUCAAAUGAUGUAUAUACAGAUAUAUGGUACGAUGUUAUUCCACUUCACCAUAGGCCAGAAUUAGUUAAAGAAUGUUGUAAAUUGCUCAAUACAGAAUGGCCAAGAAGUGAAACAGCUCGACUAAAGUCUUUGAAGGUAUCUUGCGACGAGUUUCCUACAUGUUUGGUUUUAUUAGAUAGAGAAAGUCGAGUUCUUGGCCAUUGUAAAGUAUCUUUGAUACCUAAAGUACGUCAUAGCUGUUACAUUGAAUCAGUUGUAGUCGAUUACAAGUCCAGAGCUCAAGGAUUGGGAUCUAGAUUGUUACGUGGGACGGAAGAAUACGUGGCAAGGAAAGGUUUCAAAACAGUAUACUUGAUAACAAAAGAUGCUAAUCCUACGGCAGAACAGAAAAAUGUGCUUCUACUUUUGGCUGAUGAUGCUGGGUUUGAAAUGAGAUCGUACUUAAAUAAAAUUUGUCAAUCACCCAAUUUAGAUUCCUUAGCAAAAGAAAGUUUGCUAUUUAAUAAUGCAUAUACUUCAGUUAGCAGCUGUUCUCCUAGUCGUGCUGCAUUAUUAACUGGUUUACCAAGUCAUGAAAAUGGAAUGUAUGGACUGCACCAUGGGGUUCAUCAUUUUAAUUCAUUUAAUAAUAUUGAAAGUUUGCCAAAAAUAUUACAAAAAAAUAAUAUUAGAACAGGUAUAAUUGGUAAAAAACAUGUAGGUCCAGGAAAUGUAUAUCCAUUUGAUUUCUCAUAUACAGAAGAGAAUAAUGAUAUAUUACAAGUAGGACGUAAUAUUACAAAAAUUAAACUUUUAGUUAGAGAGUUUCUUUCACAGAAUAAAACGCAACCAUUUUUCUUAUAUAUUGCUUUUCAUGAUCCACAUCGAUGUGGUCAUACACAUCCACAAUAUGGCAAUUUCUGUGAAAAGUUUGGUAAUGGAGAUAUUGGAAUGGGUACAAUUCCUGAUUGGCAUCCAAUAUAUUAUCAGUGGGAUCAGGUAAAAGUACCAUAUUUUGUACAAGAUACUGAAGCUGCUAGGAGAGAUAUUGCUGCACAAUACACAACAAUUUCUCGUUUAGAUCAAGGCGUAGGCUUGGUUUUAAAUGAGCUUAAAGAUGCAGGUUUUAAAGAUAAUACUUUAAUACUUUAUACAUCUGAUAAUGGGAUUCCAUUUCCUAAUGGUCGUACUAAUCUAUAUGAUUCUGGUAUGGCAGAACCUAUGAUGAUUUCAUCACCAAUCCAUAAAGAACGAAGAAAUCAAGUAACAUAUGCUAUGACAUCUCUACUGGAUGUAGUACCUACUUUGUUAGACUGGUAUAAUAUAUCUUAUACAAAUGAAGCAUUGAAUAAAAAUGAAGUUUUUCUACCAAACCUUACAGGCAGAUCUCUUCUUCCACUCCUUGUUAAAGAGUCACAGGAGGAGAGAUCAAUUUUUGCUAGUCAAACUCAUCAUGAAGUUACUAUGUAUUAUCCUAUGCGUGUGAUUAGAACUAAACGCUAUAAAUUGAUACAUAAUUUAAAUUAUAAAAUGCCCUUUCCAAUCGAUCAAGAUUUAUAUGUAUCUCCAACUUUUGAGGAUCUUUUAAACAGAACAUAUAACAAACAACCUCUUCCAUGGUAUAAAACAUUAAAGUCAUAUUAUCAAAGACCAGAAUGGGAAUUGUAUAAUUUAAAAUAUGAUCCUGAAGAAAGGAACAAUAUAUUUUCGAAGCCAUCGAUGAAGGGCAUAGUGACUGAUUUACAAAAACAAUUGUUCAAUUGGCAAAAUGUUACUAAUGAUCCAUGGUUAUGUGUUCCACAUGGAGUCUUACAAAAUACUGGUGAUCAUAUAAAUAAUCCACAGUGUAUGCCCUUAUAUAAUAUAGAUUAGAAGAUAUGAUCUUUUUUUUUUACUCAUUAAUUUUGUUACGUCCUAAAUAAUAUAAUCUGGUGGUAAAAGUU